CGGCAUCCCGCCCCAGUGUUUGGUUGACCGCGACGCGAGGAGGAUAUACGCCAUGUGUUGAGUGCACCGCGGGUUGUUUGUUCCCCACAAAACUUGAAAAAAUCUCUCUCGUUCAUUAUGACGGGGAGUAAGAACGGCAAUGAGACCGAGGCUAAGUCGCCCAGAGAAAGUGGCGAAGACAGUGAGGAUGAAAGUGAAAUACUGGAGGAGAGUCCGUGUGGAAGAUGGUCCAAGCGGCGGCAGGAGGUCCAGCAGCGAGAUGUGCCGGGCAUUGACGCCGCCUACUUGGCCAUGGACACGGACGAGGGCAUGGAGGUGGUCUGGAACGAGGUGCGAUUCAGUGAACGUCGGAAUUUCCGUGAACAGGAAGAGAAGAUUCGAUCAGUGUUUGAUAACCUAACCCAGUUGGAUCAUCCAAACAUUGUAAAACUUCACAAAUAUUGGAUUGACAGCAAAAAUGACAAACCAAGGGUUGUCUUUAUCACUGAAUACAUGUCUUCAGGAUCACUGAAAAAGUUCUUGAAAUUAACCAAGAAAAAUGUGAAAAAAUUGCCCCUUCAGUCAUGGAAACGGUGGUGCACACAGAUCCUCUCUGCCCUCAGUUACUUGCAUUCGUGCUCCCCCCCUAUCAUCCACGGCAACCUCACCACCGACACCAUAUUUAUCCAGCACAACGGCCUCGUCAAGAUCGGCUCAGUGGCGCCAGAUCAGAUACAUUCACAUGUCAAGACCUGCAGGGAUGACAUGAAAAACAUGCAUUUCAUAGCCCCUGAAUAUGGAAAUUCCUCUCCUGUAACACCAGCUGUAGACAUCUAUUCCUUUGGAAUGGCAGCUUUGGAGAUGGCUGCCUUAGAAAUACCUGGUAAUGGGGACUCUGGAAAUGUGGUUACGCAAGAACAGGUACUCAGAACUAUACAUUCCUUGGAACAUGAGCAGCAAAGAGACUUCAUUCAGAAGUGCCUAAUAUCUGACCAGAGCAAGCGUCCAAGCACUACAGAGCUGCUGUUCCACCCAGUUUUGUUUGAGGUUCAUUCUCUCAAACUUCUGGCAGCCCAUGCUCUUAUUAACAAACCCAAAUCAAACAAGUUGAUAGACAACUGCAUUGAAGACAUGCUGCAACACCAGUACCACAGUGACAGUGUUGUUGCAGAGAUAAGACACAGUAGUGGGGAGCCUGCAUUAUUCCGGAUGGCUGACAUCCCUGUUAUUGAAAAGCUGGAGAAGUUUAUUGAAGAUGUCAGAUUUGGCAUAUAUCCCUUAACGGCCUUCACAAUGCAGCAGCCUCCUCCUUCCCGGCCUCGAGCCAUCUCCCCUGAGGCUGUGGACCCUGUAGCUCCAGAAACCAUUGAGCCCACAGACCAAGAGACCAGAAAAGUGAUCAACAUGAUGUGCAACAUCAAGCGAAAUGAAAAUGGGCACGGAUUAUAUAUGACCAUAUCUUUACGUUUAGAAGAUAAGAUGAACCGUCAACUAUCUUGCGUGGUGGAGGAUGGAGAAGGAGCUGCUGCCCUCACUGAUGAGCUUGUUAGAUAUGGAUUUAUAAGUCAGAUGGACAAGGAUGAAAUAACUAGCUUAAUAGAAGACCACCUAACACGAGUCCGCAACGGCUCAUCAUUGUCCAAGGCAACAGGCCGGAGUGGAAGCCGUGGAAACUUGCUUCAGGGAGAUGACAACCUUAAUGUGAUGCAUCCCCCAACCAUCACAACAGCAACCAGAUAACACCCAUAGGCCCCCCUCACCCUCAAGCACGGCCUCACAAUAUUACACACCACACACACUUUUCUACUAGGUGAGAAUGGUUAUCAUCAAGAGGAAAUUUCCUGGUCCCCAAAAUGGUGGCUGGGAAAGGCUGCUGGUGUUCUGUAUGUGUGCAUUUACAGAGGAAGGAAUACUGGCGAACCAAGUGGGGCGUUAGCAUGAAAGUAGUUGCUCAGCACUUUGAUAUUGUAGAGGUGUUGUUUGUGGUGGUGAAGAUGGAAAAGAAGGCAUUUGCAGUGUUGUCUGGUGCAUUUGGGGAAAGUCUGUGUUGGGAAGAAUUUAAUUUUAUAUAAGAUUUUUUAUCAUGAUUAUUAUUAUUUAGGUACUAUGCUAAGUGACCUCCCUAGUAUUGUGAUAUAACACUUUCAGAUCCCCUCAGAAGUGAUCACUAAUAUGUAAGGAUCUUCCCUCUUCCCCCUCAUUCUUAACCUGCUCCAUGCUUAAGCCAAAAAUGUGAACAGUGAGUUCCUCACAAAUGUCUGUUAAGCCACAGAAAGGUUGAGGAUCAUGAGUGAGUGUGCAUGAAGCUCAAGUGGCUAGUCAGUUUUCACAGUGAACGUAAGUAGAAGUGUUAUUUGCUCUUUUCACCGUGAAUCACUGGCUUCUUGUCACCAGCUACAGACUGCCCUCCUCAGACCAGUAUGUGUGUAGUUCACCAGGAGAAGCAAUCCAUUGUUUUCUUUAAAAUUAGAUCAUUACAUAUGUUGUUUACAGUAUUUUUUUAUAUGGCAAUUUU